AAGGAAGAAGAGUCAGCUCUCUGGUCUCCCAGCAACAGGGUAAAUAACUCGACGCUUUUGAGGUGAAGUGAAUGAAACUCGGCUUCUAUCCCGGUUAUUUGAUGGACUAACGCCAGGGAAUGCGACGUGAAUCCCGAGAACAACAUCCUGAGGCUAAAAAUCACAGAUCACGCUGACAGCUGAUGGUCGCUGGUUAGCCAAUGGGGCUGUUUGAUAAGUUGGUGGGUUGGCUGGGCCUGAAGAAGGAGGUGAACGUCCUGUGUCUCGGCCUGGACAACAGUGGGAAAACCACCAUCAUAAACCAGCUCAAGCCCUCCAAUGCUCAGGCGCAAGACAUCGUCCCAACCAUUGGUUUCAGCAUAGAGAAAUUCAAGACAUCCAGUCUGUCCUUCACAGUGUUUGACAUGUCUGGCCAAGGCCGGUACAGAAAUCUUUGGGAGCAUUAUUACAAGGAGGGUCAGGCGAUCAUAUUUGUCAUCGAUAGUGCCGACAAAUUGAGGAUGGUUGUGGCCAAAGAAGAACUCGACACUCUACUAAAUCAUUCCGAUAUUAAACACAGGAGAAUUCCCAUCCUUUUCUUUGCCAACAAGAUGGAUGUCAGAGACUCUCUGUCGUCAGUCAAGGUCUCACAGCUGCUCUGUUUGGAGAACAUCAAAGACAAACCCUGGCACAUCUGUGCCACAGAUGCUCUGAAAGGGGAAGGUUUACAGGAAGGAGUCGACUGGUUACAAGAUCAAAUCAAAACCAUGAGGACAUGAAGAGCCGAGGAGCAGAGACACUACACACAAGUAUCCACAUCGGUGGAAGUCGUACGUAAGAUGUGACCAUAGUAAAUGUUUUUAAUCCGGUAAUGAGAUGGUUCUUAAAUGUGGAGAGUGAUG